AUGGAACACGAUAAUCUAACAAUGAAAUGCCAAGCUCGAGGUCGACCUAUACCCUAUAUUGCUUGGUAUCGUCGUAGUGAAGAUGGAAAAAAUACUAAUAAUAAUAAAACAAGAUUAGAUAAUCAAAUUUUAGCUAAUAAUACUGAUGGUUUAUUUCAUUUAAUUAAUAUUAGUCGUUAUCAAAAUGGACAUUAUGAAUGUCGAGUAUCAAAUGGAGUCAAUGAUCAUGUUGUUAGUAAAGAUAUUGAAUUACGUGUCCUUUGUAAGUAA